AUGGUUGCUAAAGGCAAUGUUUUUCACCUGAAUCUGUGGUUGAUUUAUGGUUUUCUUACAUCCUGCGAGGACUUAAAAUUGGAGGAGCAAUUUGCAGCAAUGAAUAUCUCUGAUCCUGAGUAUGCUCCUCUCGUGAAGUCAAUUCUUUCCCAAGACUUAAUGAAUGAUGCUCAAUCGUUUGGUAUUCAUGAAACUCAUCAAGCUCCAAAUGGUGUUUGCCUUGAAAAAAUUGGAAAUGGGUUUUAUAUUGGCAUGGCUCCACACCCUGAUGGCUCUAACCGCGUCUUUUUGUGGAACCAACAAGGUAAAGUAUGGCUUACCGCUGUACCUGAGGAUGGAUCUAAUGAAGUGUUGGAACUUGAUGAGUCCAAGCCCUUUCUAGAUAUAACUAAUCAAGUGCUUUUUAGUUUGCAAUUUGGGGUAAUGGGAAUGGAGUUCCAUCCUGAUUUUGUAAGUAAUGGUCGUUUCUUUGUUUCGUACCACUGUGAUAAGCUGCGACACUCAGGAUGUUUAGGCAGAUGCUCAUGUAACUCAGAAAUUGACUGUGAUCCAGCAACACUUCCAAUAGACGGUGGCAUUGAGCCAUGCCAGUAUCAAAUUGUAGUAGCAGAGUUCACAGCAAAUGGUACUGCGACAACACCUUCCGUGGCAGAAAGUGCUAACCCAUUGGAAGUCAGGAGGAUAUUUACAAUGGGACUCCCAGAUAGGGGAGUUUACGGAGGCCAGAUUCUCUUUGGCCCUGCAGACGGGUUUUUGUACGUUAUGACUGGUAUUGGUACACAUCGAGGAGACCCUUACAAUUUUGCACAAAACAAGAAAUCGUUGCUUGGAAAGAUCUUGAGGAUUGAUGUGGAUCAAAGAAACCAAGUGCGUGAUCGAGGGCUUUGGGGAAAUUACUCCAUACCAAGAGAUAAUCCGUACAGCAAUGACAAGCAACUAGUAUCUGAAAUUUGGGCUUUAGGUCUUAGAAAUCCAUGGCGUUGUAGUUUUGAUUCAGAAAGGCCUUCCUACUUCCUGUGUGGAGAUUCUGGACAGGACUUUUACGAAGAGAUAGAUAUGAUAACAAAGGGUGGAAACUAUGGGUGGCCCAUCUACGAAGGCCCUUAUCCCUACAAACCGGCAAAUGCCCCAGAACGAAGCACUUCUUCAAGCUCCAAAAGUCUCAUAUUCCCCGUCAUGGGAUACAACCACUCUGAAGCUUAUAAGACAAUUGGUUCAGCGUCCAUAAUUGGUGGCUACUUCUACAGGUCUCAAACUGAUCCCUGUCUGUAUGGAAGGUACUUGUACAUAGACUUAUAUCCAAAUGGAAUAUGGUCAGGUACUGAAAAUCCUGAAAAUAGUAGAAACUUCACAAGUUCAAAAAUCCCUUACAGGUGCGCGCAUGAUUCUCCAAUCCAUUGUGAAUCAAUUGCAGAUGGGGUUAUACCUGGUAUAGGUUACGUUUCAUCUCUAGGGGAAGACAACAGAAAAGACAUUCAUAUACUUACAACCAUCGGUGUCUACAGAGUUGCACGUCCAAGUAGGUGUAAUUACUAUUGUCCUAAAGAGAGAACUAGUAAACCACCCCCUCAUGUUUCCUUGUCUAGGAAAUUAUGGGAGAGGACAAAACACUAUGCUCUUCUAAUUUCUUCCAUGAUGCUGCUUUUGUUGAAUCUUGUGUAA